CCAUAAAUUACCUUCUAUAAUUUAGAAGGAAGCACUUAAUAAGUCAUUCCUGUUCGAGUUUCCUUGGGGAGCCUCAUAGGGAACAGUCACGCCUGUAGCAGGCACACGCACACGCACACACACUGGCCGCUGCAGGCUGCACCCUCCCUGUCUGCACGGAGCUGCCGCGCUGCAUCUCACUGAACAGGGUUCUGCAACAGCAAGGCAUGCAUCAUCGAUCAGUCCUACUCCAGGGUCAGGGAGGGUGUCUCAGCAGCCAGCCAGGUCUGGACCAUAGCAGAGAAGUGGAGCCAAUGGAGGAGGGGGACGCAGAGGGGGAAGGGCCCAUGGCGGUCAGAGAGAGGCCAAGUGGUCACAGCCUUCCAUCAGAUACUAGCACCACCACCACCACCACCACUAACCUUCUGGCUUCUGUCAAAGAGCAGGAGCUCCAGUUUGAGCGGCUGACUCGGGAGCUGGAAGAGGAGAGGCAAAUCGUGGCGAGCCAGCUGGAGAGGUGCAUGCUGGGAACAGAGUCGCCAGCAGAAGACAGUAGCAGCUCAUCUGAGAAGUCGUUUGCAUGGAGAUCAGCAGAUGCACCGGCAGGCGGAGAGUCGCACAUCGGAGCCAUGGAGGCGUCUGGUUGUCACCUGGAGGAGGAGGAAGGGCUCUACCUGCCUGAGCCGGACCACGUCUCCCUGCAUGACAGUGAGGGCUCAGGGGGUCACUCGGCCCAAAUGAACUCGUAUUCAGACAGUGGCUACCAGGACAGCAGCGUCAGUUAUUACAGCAACCAGAACACGGUACGUUCGGAGCCCCGAGCCUUGAUAUCGAGAAGCCCGAGAGCUGAGGGUCAAGCCUCUGGGCAGGCAUCCAGUCGGGUGUUACGGAGGAUGGCUUCGCUCCCCUCUAGGAGCCAGUCUCCUGGCUGUGGCACCGCCGGUGCUGUCUCACCCUCCCGCAUCUCCCUGCGGACAUCCCAAGGCAGUACCUACGACUCACCCAUACUCUCUGAACCCAAACCUCUGGCUGCCGUCUUCCCAGGCACCACCAUGCCGCCCUCCUGCCCAUCACCGACCUCCCCAACUGACGGCAAACAGGCCCUUUGUGGUGGUGGUGGAGGAGGAGGAGGAGGAGGAAAUGGUGGGCGUCUGGGCUCCACACUCUCUCUAGUCGAAGGAAGAAGUUUGACAGGGUCACCGCUGCGUUCGGGGAUGACAGCAGUGCCGCAGCACUACGGCUCCACACUGCCCAGGCAGAGCCAGCCACUGGCCUAUGGAGCUGAUCCAUACGGCCUGUACCAGAGGAGCGCCCUACCCCGCCCCGACAGCCUCAUAGGGCUCCACAGCUCAUACACGGGUCAUGCAGGGCAGAUAGAUCCAGAGCUGAGGGCGGCGUUGUCUCCAGACUGCCACAUGACGCCGGUUUUUGAUGAGCUUUCUUUUCACAGCCCCCUGUACCACAGCCCCACUCACGACCCCCAGGGCUCCCUCUACAGGAGGAGCACAGGUGUGGGGACCCUUCCUCGGACAACAAGCCAUUGCGGCACUCUGCCGUACCAAAGAAGCAGUUAUGGGCUGAGCUCUGCAGCUCUGUAUGUCGACUCCUACAGGGUGUCCGGUGAGCCCAUCUACUCCCACCGCCACUCGGGACUGGUGGACCGGGAUGCAACACGCACCCCGUCCAUUGAGAGCAUUCAUAAGGACCCCAGGGAGUUUGCUUGGCGUGACCCUGAGCUGCCGGAGGUCAUCCACAUGCUGCAGCAUCACUUCCCCUCUGUCCAAGCCAAUGCCGCCGCCUACCUGCAGCACUUGUGUUAUGGAGACAACAGGGUCAAGGUGGAGGUGUGUCACUUGGGAGGGAUCCAGCACCUGGUAGACCUGCUGGAUAACAAGGUGGCCGAGGUGCAGAAGAGCGCCUGUGGGGCCCUGAGGAACCUGGUGUACGGCAAGGCCACCGACAACAACAAGGUGGCACUGAGGAACUGCGGUGGCGUGCCCGCCCUGCUGCGCCUCCUCCGGAAAACAACCGACAAUGAAGUUCGUGAACUGGUCACCGGCGUCCUGUGGAACCUCUCCUCGUGUGAUGCGGUGAAGAUGACCAUCAUCCGCGAUGCUCUGACCACACUGACCAACACGGUGGUCAUCCCCCACUCAGGCUGGAGCAGCAUCUCGCACCGUGAAGAACACAAAGUCAAGUUUCAGUCGUCCAUCCUGCUGCGCAACACCACAGGGUGUCUGAGGAACCUGAGCUCAGCAGGGGAGGAGGCGAGGAGUCAGCUGCGUUGCUGUGAAGGUCUGGUCGACUCACUGCUUCACGUCCUCAAAGCCUGCGUGAACACCUCCGACUAUGACAGCAAGAUCGUGGAGAACAGCGUCUGCACCCUGAGGAACCUCUCGUACCGGCUGGAGGUGGAGAUGCCCUCCUCCCGUCUCCUCGGCAACCAGGAGCUAGACACCCUGCUGGGCUUCUCCUCUCCAGCCAAGGAGCUGGACUACCUCUGCUGGGGCAAGAGGAGACGCAGCCGGAAGAGGGGCGGCUGGCCCGACGACAAAUGGGACGGCAUCGGCCCAAUCCCAGGUUUCUCCCAGCCUUUGAGAGGAGCAGAGCUGCUGUGGCACCCGAUGGUGGUGAAGCCGUACCUCAACCUGCUGGCUGAAAGCUCCAAUCCUGCCACGUUGGAGGGCGCUGCUGGGUCACUGCAAAACCUCUCUGCUGGAAACUGGAAGUUCUCAGCCUACAUCCGAGCGGCAGUGCGGAAGGAGAAAGGUCUGCCCAUCCUGGUGGAGCUCCUGAGGAUGGACAACGACCGGGUUGUCUGCUCUGUCGCCACCGCCCUCCGCAACAUGGCACUGGACAGCCGCAACAAGGAGCUGAUAGGAAAGUAUGCCAUGCGAGAUCUGGUGAACCGGCUGCCUGGCAGCUGCCCUUGGGUGCGGUCAGACGAUAGGGUGGCUUCAGUCUGCUGCACACUGCACGAAGUCCCCAGCCGCAACAUGGAGAACGCCAAAGCUUUAGCCGACAGCGGAGGCAUCAUGAAGCUGGUGGACAUCAGCAAAGGACGAGGGAAAGGCUAUUCCAUGAAGGUUGUGAAGGCAGCAGCUCAGGUGUUAAACACUCUGUGGCAGUACAGGGAGCUGAGGAGUCUCUAUAAACAGGAUGGUUGGAACUACAGCCACUUCAUCACUCCCAUCUCCACUCUGGAGCGAGACCGCUACCGUUCACAUCCGACCCUGCCCACCAGCCCUCUGCAGAUGUCCCCUGUCAUCCAAUCAGGUGGUAGUGCAACAUCCUCCCCAGCGAUGCUUGGUAUAAGAAGACACAGUUCAAACUAUCAGAGGGCACAGUCAUCUAUGCAACUCGACACGUAUUACGGAGAGAACAGUUUACACAAACAGCAGUACACAGGGUCUGAGAAGAAACCCCCGUAUUACAUUGGGACAUACUUGUCCCAGUCAGGAGAGGAUUUGACGAGGUCCCAGCACCCAGAGCCGUUCUACGAUGAACCCGACAGGAAAAACUACAACAGCUACAGAAUGUACCUGUCUUCCCCACAAGGCUUUGGAGAGGAGCACUACGAGGACGAACCGGUUCACCUGACCCCAUCAUCCCCUGACGGCUACACCAGCCAGUCACUCCAAUUCAAAGCCAACACCAACUACGUGGACUUCUACUCCACCACACGGAGGCCUUCAAACAGGGCGAAUAAGUUCACCGGCUCCCCUGACUCCUGGGUGUGAAAACAAAUCGGACCACACGUAUGUUUCUGUGGAUGUUUGGGUGGGGAGUGCACACAGGUGGGUGCGCUGUAUGAGUGUGUGGAAGGUUGAGGAUGCAUGUGAGUGUGUGUGAAUCUGUCUUGAAACUGUACUGAAUGACCAGGGCUCUGUUCGCUAUGGGCAGCUUUUGACUAAGUUAGACUAUGUUCACAAUGAUGCAGAUAAAUAAGAACCAUGCCUUUAUUUUGAAAUUCUGUUACAUUAACAUUCUUCCUUGUGUAUGGUGUUGUCCAGAGCCACUGGCUAAAAGGUGUUUCCGCUUAUUCACCUGUUUAUUGCAAUUUGGAAAACAGGUUGUUACAGCUGAGGUGGAACAGUUUGUGUUAUCAGUAAAAAUAAAAUGUGACAGAGUGCAAAGGAGAUGAUGAAUAGACGUCUCUGAAGCUACCACCAUGUGCAGCGGUGAGACUGUAAUGUGCCUCAGAUUAAUACAUAAAACAAAUAAUGUCAUAUUUCUUUGAUGUUUGCCACAUCAUUUUUAUCAUGGAUGUUCAAGGCCAUUCACACCUUGACUCACUUUAACAACCGUGACAUAACAACCCUUAACAACUCUCAGAGGUGAGUGAUGUCACAGUGGUAUAAAAAAAUGGCAGAUGCCAUAUUGCUGUCAAGCAUUAACCAUCUUUUUUAUCUGCUUUAUUAUGGACAUACCAAGUGAACACCCAAAUGGACUUGAUCAAAAGGUGCUUUUUGAAAAACCCUGCCCUAACUUUUUCAUUUCGCAGAGUGUUUGUGAACGUUACCUGAUCUCAUUUUCCUCUGGAGUAAAAUUGUGCAGUGUGUUGGCUUUAUAACAUAAAUAUUGUCAGCAUCAUCUUGAAUGCAAGAGAAAAGAAAUUUAUUGAGCCUGAGGAUCCUGUUUAAAAAAACACACCUGGGGCAAAUACUGUUUACCAGCAGUUCUUGGUACUUGCUGCAGUAAAUAAAACUGCUCUGUUACUUGGAACAGAAAAGUGUUGCUCUAAAAAAUUUAUUUGAAAAUUAUUUGGCCCAGGUUUGGUGAAGCGAACUUUACCGAUGAGUGUCCUCAUUCACGGGAACCUUUAAAGACUCAGAGAAACCGAGGUUACAUCUGUAACUUUGUCUUUCUUCUGAUGUUGGCCAAAAGUGCAGUAUACCAUAAAGUAUGUGAAAUAUAUCCAAAAAAGUGAAAGUCAGUUUGUACAUAUGGUUUAACUGUCCUGUUACAUUGUUGUACUGUAUGUAGAACUUUAUAUGUGAUUGUGUGGAGAAGAUUUUUCUAUUAUUUAUUGAUUAUUUUUAUUAAUUUUGUUGUGACCUGACCAAAAUACUGCAUCUGUCUGUUCUGUCCAAAACUGAUGAUGAUAAUGUGAAAUGUUACAGAGGGAAAUAUAUGUAUAGGGAUUAAAGAUUGUAUCAUAAGCUAUCUG